ACUCAUAUCUUUGGACCGGAACAAUCAGAUAAGGCUGAAAUUGAAUUGUAAACUCACGUUUGUUGAGGUAAAACUAUAUCAUUUAACUACUUCAAUUUUAAAUCGAAACUAAGUCUUGUAUUUAGUAAACCAUAUGGAUAUGUGUAACUUCAUAAUUUAAUUAUCAAAGUGAUUUCAAGGAUUUAGAGGUGCCAUUGAAGCUGCGCAAUGAAGUUUCUUACAUUGACAGUGCUGCUUAGUUUAAGCAUUAGUGCAGCACAUGGCAGUCCUGAUUCCGACUUCCAGAAGGUUAUCGAUGACUAUUGGGAGUGGCGACUGAUGGAGGCCCCAGAAUUCGCAUCCAAUAUUGAUGUGCACACUUACGAUGACCGCGUGGAGCAAUUUGGAUUGGAUGAUUUGGAUAGAAGAUUUAAUGAAGCAAACAAGUUUUUGAGCCAACUGUCCACGGUUCCUAGAGACCAACUCCCGAGUGAACGACAGGUCAGCUACGACAUUCUGAAUGACACCCUUGAAGUAUUCACUGCAGGGUAUAAAUGGAAAAAUUAUGGUCAGAUGAACCCAGUGAACUUCCUGGAAGGCAUGUGGACAGACAUAAGCUAUUUUGUGCCGACAAAAUUCUCAACAUACGAGGACUUUGUCAACUACUAUACCAGGGUGUACGGCUGGGGUGAUCAGGCUCUGAACUACAUCAGAAGAAUGAGAGUGGCCAUAUCUAAGGGAACAACAAACCACUGGGUGUCUAUGAACGCUUCCAUUGGACAAAUCGAGGCUCUCAUCGGCUCGUCCAAUACAAACUGUCCAUUGUAUGCCCCUUUUAAUGAAACCCUUGACAAUGUUACAUUACCAGAGAGUAAUAAAACAAAUCUCAGAACCGCAGCUGAAUCAGUUUUUACAGUGUUUCGUGAUAACUUCACUGCACUCAAGACGUUCAUUGAGACGGAGUACAAAAAUGCUUCUCGGACAGAAUACGGCGUAAGCUCGCUGCCCAAUGGGGAGGACUACUACCGUGCUUGUCUACGGUGGCACUUGUCCACGGACAUUACCCCAGAAGAAGUACACACCCUUGGAGUUCAAGAAGUGGCUAGGAUACAUGGACAGAUGAUGCAGGUUAUGGCUAAACUGAAGUUCACGGGAACUGUGAAGGAAUUUUUCCACAUGCUCAACAACAACAGUACAUUUAUUAUACAAUCAAAGGAGGAAACCAUAAAAAAAUAUGAAGAGAUCAUACACGUUCGUAUUAAACCUCAACUGGCAAAGUUGUUCAAAAAUAUUCCAAACAAUCCUGUCCAGGUGAAGGAAAUGCCCUUUGAUGGUCCAGGAGGGAUGUAUUUUUCUGGUUCACCAGACGGGACCCGUCCUGGUGUCUUUUACGCCAACGUCAUGAAACCAGCAAACAACCCGACGUACAGCAUGGUAGCCCUCGCCUUGCACGAGGCAGACCCUGGCCACCACUUGCAGGAUAUCUACACCCAGGUUUCAACAGGGGUUGCUAAUUUUCAGAGGUUUACCGACUACAGCAAAUAUUUCUCAGUGCCUUACCAUUUCCCGUUUUACACAGCAAAUAGUGAGGGUUGGGGAUUAUACUCGGAAUCACUGGGAGAAAAGGACUACCUCGAUGUCUAUAAUGACGAAUAUGAACUGAUGGGACGCUACAGCUUCGAAAUAUUCCGUGCCUGUCGCCUGGUUGUGGACACAGGACUACAUUAUUUUAAUUGGACAAGAGACGAUGCCAUUGAAUAUGUACUGAACUACACGUCCUUAUCCCGGUCGUCAACAGAGACAGAGAUUGACCGUUAUAUCACCUGGCCUGGACAAGCCACGGCGUACAAGAUUGGUGAAAUCAAAAUAAGGCAACUAAGGCAACGAGCGAUGGAUGAACUUGGUUCAUUGUUUGAUAUUCGAGAUUUUCACUCUAUUUUCUUGGACUACGGGAUUGCGCCCCUGUCUGUCAUAGAGCGACUGGUGGAACAAUGGAUUCGAAAAGAAAAAGAAUCGGAUUCAUUUGAGAAGAUCUCGAGCGAGUUCUGGGACUGGAGAAUGUCUCAGUCACGUGAAUUCUCCUCCUCACUCGGCGUGUACAAGUACAACGACAUUCUCGACUCGUAUGCAUAUGCUAAGUUCGAUGAAAACAAGAAGACAGCGGAUGACUUUUUGAAAAGGUUAUCGUGGAUAGAUGGAAACAGAUUCACUGGAGAAAAGAAAAUUUCCUUUGAUGUCUUGACAAAUAUUCUUGAGACUUUCGUAGCAGGCUACAAAUGGAAAGACUAUCAACCCCUCAACCCGAUCAAUUUUCAAGAGCUUUGGUUUGCUGGACUAGAUUUGUUUGUCGAUGGUAAUGUUUUUGAUACGGAAGGAGACUUCACAAACUAUGUCAGAAGACUGGAACUUGCACCUAUGCAGCUAGACGAGAUGAUCGAGCUGAGCAAGAGGGCAAUUGCAAAUGGCACUACAAACCAUAACGCGUCUGUGUCUCGCGUUCCUAAAAACAUCGAUGAGAUGGUUGUUUCACCAAAUGAAUCCGCUCUGUACCAGCCAUUUCUUGACUCAGCAGAAAGAAUAUUUGGUAACAGGGCAGACGCUAUUGAAAAACGGCUUCUUGAUGCUAUUGAAUCUUUAAACAGCAAAUUGCUUGAAGUGAAACAAUUUUUGAUUAAUGACUAUAUGCCAGCGACACGCCCCGGCCUGGGAAUAGGGAGUCUUCCAAACGGCAAGGAAAACUACCAGGCGUGUUUGUAUUUUCAUUCGUCAGUCAAUAUGACCGCUGAAGAGGUCCAUAACAAAGGAUUGGAAGAGGUGGCGAGAAUUGAAAAACUCAUAAGACAGAAAAUGGCUAACGUUGGUUUUCCGGAAAGCACCAGUAUACAGGACAUGUAUGCAAAUCUUACAAACGAUCCAAAGUUUAUCCUGCAAUCGAAAGCUGAGAUAUUGGCAAGAUUUAACGAGCUGAUACACGGUAGGAUCGAACCUCUGAUACCGAAAUAUUUCAAACAUGCUCCUUCUCUUCCUCUUGAAGUGCGGGGAAGCAGUACGGACGGAACCAACGGGGAGUACUGGGUGGGGACACCGGAUGGAUCCCGUCCUGGAUACUUCAUGAUCAACCUUUUUAGUCUCGAAAACAAUCCAACGUUCAAGAUGGUUUCCCUGAGUCUUCACGAGGCUCUUCCAGGACACCAUCUAGCUGAAAGUUACGGAAUUCUCGCCGAUAUUCCUAAAUACAUGCAGAAUUUUGAAUGGAUCAGCUACAGUGCUCCAUACUUCUUUCCCUUUUACAACUCAUUUGCCGAGGGCUGGGCGCUUUACGCUGAAUAUUUGGGUGAAGAAAUGGGAAUAUACCAAAACGACUACGAAAUGUUGGGCCGUUACAGCGACGAAAUGCUUCGGGCAGUUCGCCUUGUGAUUGACACGGGCAUUCACCAUUACGGGUGGACAAGGGAUAAAGCAAUAAACUACAUGCUCAACUACACGGCAGAAACUCAGAGUUCCACAGAAGCAGAGAUAGAUCGCUACUGUAACUGGCCAGGCCAGGCCGUUGGAUACAAGAUAGGUGAACUGAAGAUAAAAGAGCUACGUCAACGAGCUACAACAGCUCUCGGGGACAAGUUCGACCUUGCCGAAUUCCACUACACGGUAUUGAGAUACGGGGCUUUACCAUUGGACAUUCUUGAACACGUGAUUGACAAAUGGAUAGCCGACCAAAAGCAAGAUGCCAAUGGAAUUGCAAUGCCUGAGUGCAAGAAUCCAGUUAGUGGUGUCUCCAGGAACAUUCCACAUACAUGGGUCGUUGCACUGUUCAUCCUAAUGCUAAAUCUGUAGUUAUAUCUCGAUGCAAUGAUGCUACUUAGUAGUUAUAUAUGACGCCAAAGAAUUACCACCGUAUGCAAAUGUUCUUUCCACAAAUUUACUACGUGCCAUUUUUCUUAUUGUUUGAUAAACAAAGUAUAUCAAACUAAUAUUUAUAAUUAUAAACAUAUUUUUUAACACUAAUUCCUUUUUCAUUCCUUUCUUUUUUAUUUUCGCUCUCUCAUUUGACGUUAAUUUGAACAGAAAUCGAAGCGGGCGCCAAUCUAACACAGGGUGUCAUAAAUUUGAAAUUAAUAAACCUGUCAGUGGCAUCAAAAGGAACAUUACAUGUGCAUGGAAAGUUUCAGGAGCUUAUUUCCUCGACAAAUUGAUGUUACUUAGAAAUAUGACGCGAAUUAGUGCCUUAUGCAAAUUUCCUUUCAACAAACAUAUAACUAGCCAUUUUUCUUAUUUUGUGUGUUAUAAACCAAGCGUAUUAAACUUGCAUAUAAUCAGUGCCUUAUAGAAAUGCAUUUCAAAAAACUAAAUUACAAUUCAUUUUCUUAUUCUGUGUACUGUAAACCGUGCGUGUUGAACAUGUAUAUAUUGCUAAUACAUUUGAUAUUUUUA